AUGAACAAUUUCGACGAGCAUGAUUUACACGUCCACGCUGGCGGUGCUAAAAGCGCAUCCGACAUUAAUCCCUUAAGGAUCAGCAUUGCCAAGCAUUCCCAAAAGAAAUCAGGCGUUGGCCGGCGAUUCGACAUCCGUUGGCCGCCGUNGAACGAGGGUCUGGGGAGGGGCGAGGCCGGGGCGAUAAAGGAUUGGAUCUGCGAAUGGGUGCCGAGAUUGCCGGAGCUCGUGGUCCCGUCCGACAAGUGGAGGAACGUGAUGUGCCAUCGGGAUCUGUGGUCCAACAACAUCAUGUUCAAGACGGACGGCGAGGGCGAACCGAUCGGUUGCUACCUCGUCGAUUUCCAAUUCUUGCGCUACAGCCCCCCCGCCUACGACUUCGAGACCGCCCUCCUCCUCACCACCUCCCGAGCGGUGAGGCGCGAGUGCCGCGACCUAUUCCUAGACGUCUAUUACGACACGGNNNGGAAGGAGUUGUCGGUCGAGGGCCUCGUCGCCGAGGAGUGUUUGCCGCGGGAGGAAUUCGUGAAGAGUUGCGAGGAGACGAGAACAAUGGCGUUGGCGUACGCGGUCGCCAAUAUGCAAAUUAUGCUGCUCUCCAAGGAGGCGGUCGAGGAGUAUUUCGUCGGCUCGACCGAGAAGUUGGAGCACUNCGUGUACGGCGAUCGACGCCCGGAUCUCGUCGAGAGCGAGUGCCGCGCCACCGAGAUGUACCGGACGCGCAUCAUGGAGGUGAUCGAGGAAAUCGGGGAGUACAUCGCCUCCGAGGAAAAGUGGUAGGGAAGGGGCAAGUGAA